CCGAGUGGAGUAAAGCGCCUCUGCAGCAGAGAGAGAGAGCAGGACAGGGACUCUCUGGGACUGGUCUGAGAUAAACAUCUGGAAAGGAAAAAGAAGAGAAAGGACAGAAAGAAAAAAAAGACUUAGAAGCACUUUAAAAGAAUAAAGUAAAUAAAUAAACAAACAAAUUGAGGCGUCGUAGUGGGACUGGAUCAAAGCGGGAUAGGUGGAUGUAUCAGAGAGAAGAGGAGACAAGAGGAGGCUCUUUGGAAAUAACUCCAACAACGAAUGGUGAUGAAGGAGAAGGAUGCUGGUUUAGGAGGAGGAAUCAUUUGCUUUCAUCUGAUUGAUUUCAUUCGUGGCGGCUGUCACACCUGAGCUCAUAAAGCCCAGAUACACCAGGAGGAAUCCCUUGUUUAAAGUCAAGGGAUCAGUCUAUCUAUCAAAGCCUGGUUCCUAUUGAGAAACGUGGACGCGCUACGACUCAUCACAAGCUUCCAGUCUGCUUAUCACGUUUCCUCUCAUAAUUCCUUGACAUAAAAACCGGGAGUGGAUCAUGGCCAUCAACACCGACACCGACUUCCUGAAGUCCACCCUGGGCAGUGAGGGCGGAGGAGGCGCCCCGCCCGCGGACCUACAGGAGACGGAGAAACUCCUGACGGUGACCACCGAGCCCGGGGCCGCCGGCAUGAAAAUGUCCACCUCCUUCACAGCCAACGCGGCCGGGGCCAAGGCCCUGGAGGCCGAUCAGAACGGCCACGGCGUCGCCAUGAGGUCGGGCUCCAUCGGGCAGCUGUCCGCCGCCGCCCCCCUCUCCCCGUCCAGGGCCAGCCUGAGCCGCUCCUCCACCGGGAACGCCACCGUGCCGGAGACCCCCAAGCCCAAGGAUUACCUCAUCCUGGUCAUCCUGUCCUGCUUCUGCCCCGUGUGGCCCGUCAGCAUUGUCGCGUUGGUGUACUCUGUUAUGUCCAGAAACAGUCUUCAGAACGGGGACGUCGACGGGGCCAGGAGGCUGGGUCGACUGGCUCGCCUGCUGAGCAUCGUCUCCAUUUUCCUGGGAGUGCUCAUCAUUGUCGUCUACACCACAGUUCACUUUUCAGCUCUUAACUGACAACCGUGAGGAACUCUGAGAAAAUAAAAACACGACGUCAAAGCCAAACCACAGAUAUGGAGUAUGGUUCCGUACUCUAUGCCAUGAAGUUACAGCAUCAAGAUUAACUUCAGUUAGCAAAAAAUGUAGACAAGUCAUGAAUGACUGUCAUGCAACAAGUAAACCAAUAAAAGUAUAUAUAUAUCACUGAAAGAUGCAUGCAUUAGAUCCCAUUAUCAUUUGCCUGACAGAAUAUUCUGCUUUUGAAUUGUUCGAGUUUGAAAAAGAGAGGAAGGAGUGAAUGCAGAUUUGUGUGAUUAUUAAAGGAGGAUGGUUUCUCCUGUUUGGACAAUGGACUUCUGAACAUGAAGAGGAUGAUUUGUAAAUGUGAAGCAGAUGAAUGAUGGACUUUUCUGUGUCUGCGAGGGGGCUUCUUUAAAAUACAGUCUUUGAACUUCAGACGGCUCAUUUAAUCUCCAUAUAUCCGAAAUGAACGUCUUGCACUCGAAGUAUACACAAGAAAAAAAUAUAUAUAUAUUUGAGGUAAGGGGAUCUAUAAAUGAAUAAAUAGUUUUGAUUUUAUAAAAUGUUUGUAUCCCAAGUGUUGCUGGGCUUGUUGAUGUCGACUGGAUGACUGCUUCGUCAGCAAUUGGAAAGAAGGGGGGGGGGAAAAUCGAUGUAAAUUUUAAGGGUUUGUGAAAGAAAAACAUUUUUUUUGUCUUGAAUCAUUUUGUUUUCCAACUUAAGAAAAAUGAGACCAACUGCAUGCCUGAAUGUAGACAUCCCAAUACUCUGCCUUCUUUUAGACUGUUAUUGUUUGUUUCCUAUCCUUAAGGGACGGACAGGUUUGCGCAUUGAACCGUGUUUGUGUAUUUUGUCCUUGUGGACAGUUAAAAGCACGUCUUGCACCAUAUAUGAAUCAAGCCUUUAUUACAAACACUCUUCUCCCCCAGUUUCAUCCGACCUUUCAUCUUUGCAGAGUCUUUUUCACAUUUCCAAACUUUUAACACAUUUUACAUCGCUAUACUUUGACUGUUAGGAACCAUCCUUUUACCGGACGUGUUACCAUUCUUCUUGUAUGGCUAUGUAAUGUAUUUAUAUGGAAAACUAUAUAUGCAAUACCUUCGCAUGUAAAAGGCCAAGCAGCCUGACACGCACUUAUUUUUGUAAAAGAGCAAGUCUACGAGUUUGCCUAAGAAUAAAUAGCAUUUAAAAAGACUUACUCAAAAUCAUGGCACGACACGUUGUCUGGGUUCGUCACUUUAAGAGAAAACUCAUUACUGUGUUUAGACUCAUGUAGAUGUUGUAUUGACAUAUGACAAGGCUUAUGCUCCAAAGCUCAGAUAAAAAUCCAUGAAUCAUGAUGCAUUAUUCAAUAGAGUUGUUUUUCUUUUGCUGUUAAAGUGUCUUUUUUUUUUUUUUUUACCCCAUUAAAACUAAAAUGCAUUUAACUGGAUGCCAUUUGCUGAAUUCUAAUGGUCAUUUAAGGGCUUUUUACAAUUGAAACAAUACAGCAAAUACAAUCCAAAGUCCUUGAGUGAACAUCAGCAAUGUAAGUUGCAGACUUGAGUCAUAGCUGUGCAGAAAAAAUAAUAAUUAUUAUAAUAAUACUCCAUAUGAACAUCCAGAAGCAGCAAAAGUCCAAAGACUCCCCAUGUUUACUGACCGCAGCUCCCGAUUCACUUGAAUUUUCUUCUUCUGUGGUGCUGGUGUUUAGGAACCAGCUGUUCACCUUUCACCUCUAUUAUCACUGUUUGGGUUUUUUUGUUUUUUUUAUAUUAUACUGUAUGUGAUGGUUUUCACCUCUGUGGUGUACUUUUUGCAUGUGAGGAAUAAAUGUUACCAUGCAUGGUC